AUGGCUGCGACGAGCUAUCUUGGCCUGACAUUGGUUGGGAAGCAUGUCAUCACCAUCGAGGGUCUUGGAAAUGCAGAACAUCCUCACCCACUACAAGAACGUAUAGCAAAGCUUCACGGAUCACAAUGUGGCUUUUGUACUCCUGGUAUUGUCAUGUCGUUGUAUGCCUUGAUCAGGAAUUCUUACGACCCGAUAUCAAAGUUAUUUCAACUAUCUGCAGAUGAUGUGGAAUUAGAAGGGCAUCUAGAUGGAAACCUUUGCAGAUGUACCGGCUAUAAACCUAUUUUGCAAGCCGCAAAGACAUUUAUCACUGAUGACCUAAAUGGAAAACUAUCCAUACCUAGGUCAGAUACUGUCAAUGAGCGUGCGCCUGAAACAGAUCUUCCUAAUAUUCCAUUACACUCGGACAUUGAUUCUGUCGAAACUAGAGAUAAGAAUGCUUCUUGUGGAAGAAUUGGAGGCUGCUGUAGAGAUUCGCCAGGUAAUGAUUCAUGUGGAUCUCGAACUAGCUCUUCGGAACACUCUCCAAAAGAAAGCCUCACUCAACGUUCCGAAAGCUCAAUAAGUUCCCCCUGCGAUGAUACUAUGUCUUCGAAAAGCUUGAUAUCACCGGAUUCGAAAGACAUACAACAUUCGUUCAUUCCUAACCGUCCUCAGACCGAACUUAUAUUUCCACCGGCACUCCACAAUUUCACAACAGAACCGCUAUAUUAUGGGAAUGACACGAAUAUGUGGCUUUUGCCGACAACACUUGAGCAACUGCUUCUGAUUAAACAGAUCUAUCCCGCCGCUAAGCUAGUAUGUGGAGCUAGUGAAACUCAAGUUGAGGUCCGAUUCAAACACACUUCAUUACCUAUUUCAGUUUACGUUUCGGAAAUUAAAGAACUUCAAGGUAUGAAUAUACCACAAGAUGGUGAACUUCAAUCGUGUACAGAAAUUAUCUUUGGGGCAAACACCCCCUUGACAGAGGUGGAAUAUGCUUGUCGCAGGAUAUUUCAAACGCUUGGGCAGAGAGCCUUGGUUUUCGAAGCUAUGAGGAAACAAUUGCGUUACUUUGCAGGAAGGCAAAUUCGUAACAUUGCUUCACUUGCUGGAAACAUUAUUACAGCCUCCCCAAUUUCAGACAUCAAUCCUGUACUAAUGGCAGCAGAUGCUGUUUUGACGGUCCAAAGCAAAAGCCAGGGGAGAAAGGACUUACCCAUGUCCGACUUCUUCGUUUCAUACCGUACUACCAAACUUCCAGUUGAUGCUAUGAUAGUGGAUGUUCGAGUUCCCUUGCCACCAUCAGAUGUUCGAGAGAUCAUCAAAGCAUAUAAGCAGGCUAAGAGGAAAGAUGAUGAUAUCGCAAUUGUGACGUCUGCAUUUCGGGUGCGACUCGAUAAAGAUGGUAUCGUCUCCCAAGUAUCACUGGUAUAUGGUGGGAUGGCACCAAUGACUAUCAAAGCACAAAAAACUAUGAAGCUCUUGCGAGGUAAAACAUGGUACAGUCCAAUGACUCUCAAUGAAUCCAUGAAAAGUCUAGCCGAAGAAUUUAAUUUGAAACACGAUGUUCCUGGUGGAAUGGCAUCAUAUCGUCAAACAUUGGCCAUAUCUCUAUUCUUUAGAUUCUGGCAUGAAGUAGUUUCUGAUCUAGGGCUGGGAAAGGUUGACCCUGAUCUCAUCAAUGAAAUACAUCGAGGUAUUUCUUCAGGUAUCAGGGAUAACUCUAACCCGUACGAACAACGUGUUGUAGGGAAACAAAUCCCACAUUUAUCAGCUUUGAAACAGACGACAGGAGAAGCUGAAUACAUAGAUGAUAUGCCUCGACAACAUCGAGAACUAUUUGGUGCUAUGGUUUUGUCAAGUCGUGCCCAUGCGAAGUUGGUGGAUGUAGAUUGGAAACCAGCGAUUGAGUCAGGACUUGCUUUGGGCUACGUCGACAUUAACGAUAUCCCAAUAGAUGCAAAUCUUUGGGGAUCUAUUGUGAAGGAUGAACCAUUCUUUGCCGACGGAAAAGUAUUUUCUCAUGGUCAACCUAUAGGUUUAGUAUAUGCAGAAUCUGCUCUACAAGCACAAGCUGCUGCGAGAGCUGUUCGAGUUGAGUAUGAAGAUCUUCCGGUUAUUUUGACUAUCGAUGAAGCAAUUGAGGCGAACAGUUACUUUCCUUAUGGAAACUCUUUGAAGAAAGGAGUUGCAAUUGAGGACAAAAUGGACGAUGUCUGGGCAUCAUGUGACAAAGUCUUUAAAGGUACUACUAGAAUAGGUGGUCAAGAGCACUUUUACUUGGAAACUAAUGCAUCGAUGGUGAUUCCAAAUAAGGAAGAUGGAACGUAUGAAGUAUGGUCAUCAACUCAAAACAGCAUGGAAACCCAAGAAUUUGUAGCUCAAGUAACUGGAGUUCCCAGCUCCCGUGUCAAUGCCCGGGUAAAACGUAUGGGAGGAGCCUUCGGCGGUAAAGAGUCCCGUAGUGUUCAACUCGCAUGUCUUCUUGCCGUUGCAGCUAAGAAAACUAAACGUCCCGUACGAUGCAUGUUAAAUCGAGACGAAGAUAUGAUGACAACUGGACAACGUCAUCCAAUUCAAGCUCGCUGGAAAGUCGGCGUUAAAUCUGAUGGAAAGGUCGUUGCACUGGAAGCGGAUGUAUACAACAAUGCCGGAUUUUCACGAGAUAUGUCAGCUGCGGUGAUGGGAAGAUGUCUGACGCACUUCGAUAACUGUUAUGAAAUUCCUAACGUUCUGUUGAGAGGCCAUUUGUGUAAAACCAAUACACAUAGUAACACAGCAUUCCGAGGUUUUGGGGGACCACAGGCCAUGUUCUUUGCAGAAACGUACAUGACUGCUAUUUCAGAAGGCCUCAACAUUCCCAUUGACGAACUCAGACUCAAAAAUCUCUACAAACCAGGGGACCAUACACCCUUUCUACAAAAAAUCGAUCAAGACUGGCAUAUUCCUCUUCUAUUGGAAAAAAUCAAAAGCGAAACAAAAUACUCCGAACGUCUCCUCGCAAUCGAAAAUUACAAUGAAGAGCACAAAUACCGAAAACGUGGCAUAUCUCUACUUCCCACAAAAUUCGGUCUCUCAUUCGCGACAGCCCUUCAUCUAAAUCAAGCAUCCGCCUCCCUCAAAAUAUAUGGCGACGGCAGUGUACUAUUAAAUCACGGGGGUACAGAAAUGGGCCAAGGCUUAUACACUAAGAUGGCCCAGAUAUGCGCUCAGGAACUAGGUGUGCCUAUGUCAUCUAUCUUCACACAGGAUACAUCAAGUUAUCAAACUGCAAAUGCGAGUCCCACAGCUGCCAGUUCAGGAAGUGAUUUGAACGGUAUGGCAAUUUUAGAUGCUUGUAAACAAUUAAACUCGCGCUUAGCACCUUAUCGAGAAAAGAUGGGAAAGGAUGCAAGUAUGAAAGACUUAGCACAUGCGGCUUAUCGUGAUCGGGUUCAUUUGACCGCUAGCGGGUUUUGGAAAAUGCCACGUAUUGGAUAUGAAUGGGGAGUUUAUGAUAAGGAGAAAGUGAAGGAUAUGUAUUACUAUUUUACCCAAGGAGUAGCUCUUACCGAGGUCGAACUCGAUAUACUUACAGGUCAUCAUAUAGUAUUGAGAACGGAUAUAUUAAUGGAUAUCGGGAGAUCUAUCAAUCCGGCAAUUGAUUAUGGUCAGAUUGAGGGAGCUUAUGUGCAAGGGUUGGGAUUGUUUACCAUGGAAGAAAGUCUUUGGACACGUGAGGGUCAACUUUAUACGAAGGGACCUGGUACGUAUAAAAUACCGGGAUUUGCGGAUAUUCCUCAGAUUUUUAAUGUUUCCUUUUUGAAAGAUGAGGAGGGGAAAGAAAAGAUGUGGCAGGGAUUGAAGAGUGUACAGAGUAGUAAGGGAGUGGGUGAACCUCCCUUGUUUUUGGGUGCAGGAGUAUUCUUCGCGCUAAGGAUGGCGGUGGGGAGUGCGAGGAUUGAUAAUGGGUUGGGGUUAAGUAGUCAGAAGGAUGGGGAGAAGGAGAGUGAGGGUUGGAAUUUGGAUAGUCCGGCUACAGUGGAAAGAUUGAGAAUGGCGGUUGGGGAUAAAAUUAGUGAGAUGGGGAAGGUGGAGAGGAAAGAAGGGGAGAAAUCUUUCUUUGUUUCUGUUGCUUGA